GCCACACACAGCGAGCCUCUCCGUAACCUAUGGGUGAAGACACCUCUAUUGGCCAACAAGUAUGGCAAUGGGGUUGGCAGAUCCAGAAAAGCCACUAGCAAACGCAUGCUGCUUAGGCCAUCAUUGUUCGAAGUGUCCUUUCUGCUGGUCAAAAGCAAUUGCCGGCAGAUUACGUGUGAAAAAAAUGACGGGGCCGAGUCCCAGCAUUGCCCUGUUGAUGCUGAUCAUAUUUCCGUUAUGCUGGGGGGCCGAGGAUCACUUCCUUGACGUUAGUGAAGCGGUGUUAGAAAGCCAGUCAGGCUACCUUGCUGCAUUUGCGGAUUUUAACAGUGACAAGGCGAUUGAUGUGUUCGUGCUUAUUGCGUCGAAAGAUUCUGACGGUGGAUUCCAUCAGGUCGAUCUUAAUCAGGCACAGAAUCCGAGAUUCGGCGAGGAGAAAUUUGAACGCAAAACUCUUAUCAGAGACUUUCCAGAUAAGAUCGAUUCAGUGAUGCCCGCCGAUCUGAACGGAGACAACGUUCAAGAUGUGCUUCUGUACUCAUAUGAAACGAAAACAAUCACGAUACAUUGGGGCACUGGAGACUACGCCACAGAUAAAUCCCUUUAUGCGAACGUCACGAGGUUCACUGAGGCCUACGUUGAGCCUUUGUUGUUGGACUAUAAUGGUAAUCGUUACGUAGACAUAUUGACGUCCUUCAACGACAGCAGCCAUCGGCACAUAAUUGAAUGCCAACGAAACAAGACAAAAUACGGAAAAGUUAUGGAGGAGACGCAUUGCACGACGAAGGAACUCCGCACGUUGUCGGACUUGCCAACUGUCGUGCGACCGCAUUCUAAUUCGUUUGUUGAUGUCGACGGCGAUCUGAACGCGGACAUUCUCAUUUCGACUCUUGAUCAUUUCGAGGUGUGGAUUUGGCAAAAAGAUGACGUCUACAAGAAGGCAAGACGACCUUAUCCCCUUGGUCUUAAAUCAGACAAAUUGGGUCAGUCGGUAUUCGUGGAUAUCGAUUCAUCUGGCAGACUCCUCCACGUUGUGCAGGUUUGCAGUCCUAGCUGCAAUCAAGCAUACAUUUGGUUACCCAAUUCGACGAAAGAUUGGACGAGUCACGGCAAGUGGGAAAAGAUAAUUGAUUUAAAAGAUCAAAGCUUUUGGAAAGAUAAUGAUUACGCAGACAAAGUGAAUGCUAUGAUGUCAUUGAAAUCGGCCGACUUCGAUCAGGACGGCUACCCUGAUUUCGCAGCGAUUGUGAACUUGUCUAAUAACAGCGGCCGUGGACUCAUCAGCUUCACAAAUAAGAAAUGUGACGGGAAAGGCGACCUCUGCGUAAUUAAUCGCAGUUUCAAAACCGAUAUGUACCCUGGAGACUUCAGCCAGGUGAAACAGGUUACUAACCUUGGGUUUUUUGAUAUUCGUGAGAACGGAAAAAUGGACGUGCUUGUCACCCAGGGCGAUAUCAAGUUUGGUAACUGGUCAAUCAAGGCGCUAGAAAAUGCCUACAGUAAGGACGCAUGUUUUAUCAAAGUGAUUAUCGUUAGUGGACUCUGCAGUAAAGAUCAUUGUGAUGGCAAGGGUGACACCAUUGAAUACGGUUACAAUCAGCCGGGCCCAUUGGCAAUGUACACCAUCACAGACUCUGAGGCAAAAAUGCGCAGCUCGGCGGCAGCACAGCUUUACCAAACCAGCCACGGCUCACUGCAGUUACCGUAUAUCCUGUUCGGUAUUGGACAAUCCCCGAAUUUCGUCGAAUCGUUAGAGAUUCGAAUGCCAGGCCUUAACAAAAGCCAUCAGUGGACGCAAAUUAUUCCUAACUCGCAGAUGUUGGUCAUUCCGAACCCAAUUAAAGAGCCAAGCCUAUGGCAAAACAAGCUGUUCAUUACGCCGUCACGCAAGAUGCUUCACACUGGGCUAGCACUGUGCGGUGUUGUUCUUGUCAACCUCAUCAUCGUGUUAGUGCUGCACCUCAUGGAGAAAAAAGCUGACCGAAUUGAGAAGCAACAACAGGCCCACAAAUUCAACUUUGAAGCAAUGUAACCUGCCUGACCACAAAUGCAGCCACGGUUACUGGCACGCGUUGAUGGGUAAAAACAAAUGCAGCGUUAACUAGGGCACAAUUGUCACCCAACCACUGGAAAUGCCCACCACAAACGACAACCAUGAAUCAAGGAUCAUAAUGAGAAAUAGCAGUAGUUCAUUGACAGUGUUGAAAAACUACAGACCCCAACCAACUAGCAAAUAUCCGUUACUGAAAGAUGGUUUAAUGUCGGGCACUUGUUCGAUCCAGAUUACUGAUACGCUGGUCUCGUAAACAUCUUGUGCCCCGCGGAAUUGGUUCGCACGCAGUUAUGGUCUUGCGUUCAGCCCCUAAUUCCUAUCAUGCACAGGCUAGUGCAACGUAGAUGUCACACGUAAAGCACACCAAAGCGCAGCAUACCGAAUCAUUUCUACUGGCUCUUCUGCUUGUGAUUUGGAAUGAGAAGUACUGGUGUUAAGCCCGAACAGUUAUCUACGCACCUCCAAAACAUUGUUCAUAAAAACAAUUUUUAUACAAUCCGCCUCGUUCUUCUGUUACAUUGUUGACAAUUUAGCUGUUUUCUGUUGCGUGACAUUCCCUUUUCCUUUCUUUAUAAUCAAUAUAAUCUUCUUAUAAUCAAAAGGAAUAGUUGUAUCAAUUUGUGUUCAUGAACAACGCUUCCUUUUACGUCAUGAUGUGCUGUACGGUUUUUGCUCCAUUGAAUCGUUUAACUGACCUAAAAAGAAUAACGUCUUCUACGCGUUUUGACAGUGGUACGUUCUCAUACAAAUUUUCGCUAGUGUGGGUCUAGUCAGUUCUAAAACAACGAUCUUCUACUGUAACCAACUAAUACAAAACGUUUAUUAACUUCUAUUAAUAGAAAAAAAGACCGCCUAUUCCAAGCGUAUGAGAGAAGGAAUGUUGAGCCUUAGCCCGUCCCAGCCCAUAGAGAGGGGGAGGGUUCGAUGAACAACUGACUAAUGUAUAAAACUAGCAUAAAUAGGUAAUUUUGGUAAACAAUGCCACCCAUUAGACGAUCGCUUGUGGAAGAUUUGCACGGCGGGUUAAAUGAAUUUGAGCGUAUAAUGGACGUGGCCAAGGACGGGUGUUUUUAAACGCAUCCAGUAUGUAUACAUAUAAAAGGAGUGGAAUCCAGAGUGGUCCGUUUUUCAAGUAAAACAAUGUCAUCAUUAAUUAAUAACAAAAUCACUAAGAAAGCAAACGAUUUACAUAGGUCACGUUGAUUCAAUACACUGACGUAACGUAGCCAAGUUGAUAACAUGCGCAACUGCUAUUACUACUACUAUUAGUAGUAUUGUUAGCUGGACAGAACCUUCCGGCUUGGUCGCGGCUUGAGCCAUCUCGCGUGAUACCGUCACAGUAUCUAUCAGACUGCUAUAUACAUAUACCGUCUUAAAUUGAACUUCAGCGUGAAAAUUACGACUAACGUUACAUACAUAUCUGAGAGGAACCGUGUUAGAGCGCCCAAAACCUGCACUUUCAGUUCUUUUCCUGGUAUGAUUUUCCACUUAUGGUUUUAAGAAAAUCGGGAGUUCGUCUAGUUUUCUUUUUCCCUAAUUUUCUCCAAUUAUCGAAGGAAAACGAGGACAUUGUUUAGGUUCAGGAAAAAUUCCAAAGGUAAUUGCAGAUCGAGUGUGCCAGUACUCUCGAGUACUGGCAUCUUUAUCUUUACGAGAUAAAGACAAUAGUCUUCAAUAUAAAAGUAAGACGAAAAGUGAUUCAAAAGGACGAUCUGUGCAUGACUCCAGCUCCGUUAUCCCCGCCAUUGUACUUUAGCAAGUCAUUGCUAUUAGCCGGUUUAGAUCUUGAAUGCAUGUAAAUGAGUGUGUAUUCAUCUGAUUUUUCUUAAAGCGUGCUUGUCUGAUGUUUGUGGCAUUAGGUGACGUGACAAUAACGGCUUCAUUUAGCAGUUCUCUAAAAAGAUGGCGGAAGAUAUUCCAAUUUCUAAAACGCCGCUUCGGGAGACGGGGUCGAUCGUCGUCGUGAUACAACAAACGCGUUUAAUCAGUAAGCAGUGGGUAGCUAGGGUGGUUUAGAUGUAUAUAUAAGCUUUUGAUGGCAAGCUACGCCCGUAUAAUCGGAAAAAGCAUCAUGCAACUUUUGCUUGCUUUUUUCGGAAGAAUACAAAACUUCAUACAGCUCCCCUCUAAAUUUGUUUGUGGGACGUGUCUGAAAUGCUUGCAAGAUAAAGGGACGACGUUUAAAACUGUUCCUUGCAUUAUGUCUGCAACCGAUGAUUCAGCAAAUGAUUUUGUAUGCACAAUGAGCACGAAAGUGAAAACGGGGAAGAGAGAAAGACAAUGAAAAACGAUAACGAUCAUCAGUGAUUUUAGCAAUGCUGAUGACAACGACGUCCGUACGAAACACCGUAAAGGUUUCGCUGGCGGGUGAAGCGGAUACGAGUUGGCUUGUUGUCCGUUGUUAUACGGAAGUGAUAAUUCUUACUAGUAAAAGAUAUAUUUAACAUAAGCACGGUCAACUGAUAAUUCUUGUAGGGAUACGAAUGCAAUCAAUAAUAAAAAAUGCGAAAAAUAAUAAUUAUGCGGGAAAUGAUAAAACAAUGAAAAAUGAUGAUUGAUGCUGUCAUGAAGCCACAAUAAUGAAAUACUGCUACCUAUUAAACAAAACCCACAAGAUGAAAAGGCAUCAAACGGGUUGUUAGGUGUUGAGUGACUAGUGGAUGUGUUGAUAUUUUCUAUUUAAUGAUAUUUUAAUUAUUGUACCUUAGGGCUAGGUAGUGAGCAGAGAGAGAUGACUGGUUGUGUGGUGGCUCAAAUGAAAGCUUACAUUACGAAGGAUAUAGGCAGAGAUGGAAAGCGCCAGUCACUCUAAGGCAAAGAAAAAGUAAGACCAAGUAGUAGAUAAAUGGUUACAUGUAAACUGAGUAUGAAAUCACGAGAAAUUAUAUGCUAAUUAAAAAAUAAAGAACUUAUGCAGCAAAUAAAGGCAAAAUAACGUUUCAGAAAUUCUAAAAUUAUAGGUGACGAGUUAAGACUCAACCAAACGUGUACACGCUUGAAUAUAUAAUUAUAAAAAUUAGAUAUUGAUAGCGAUGGCAAUGAAAUGAUGAGAAAUAAACAAAUACAAAUAUCUAAUUUUGUCAGAAACAUU